AUGCCACCGCCGCCAUGCCACCACCGCCAAGCCGCCGCCCCCAUGCUGCCGCCGCCCCAUGCCGCCGCCGCCGCCGCCGCCCCCAUGCUGCCGCCGCCCCCGGAUGCCAUGCCACCAUGCCACCACCACCCCCAUGCUGCCACCACCCCCAUGCCACCACCGCCCCAUGCCGCCGCCGCUCCGAUGCCACCAUGCCACCACCACCCCCAUGCCACCACCGCCCCAUGCCACCACCACCCCCAUGCUGCCACCACCCCCAUGCCACCACCACCCCCAUGCCGCCAUCACCCCCAUGCCACCACCACCCCCAUGCCGCCGCCGCCCCCCGAUGCCACCAUGCCACCACCACCCCCCAUGCCACGACCGCCCCCAUGCCGCCGCCGCCCCCAUGCUGCCGCCGCCCCAUGCCGCCGCCGCCCCCAUGCUGCCACCACCCCCAUGCCACCACCGCCCCAUGCCGCCGCCGCCCCGAUGCCACCAUGCCACCACCACCCCCAUGCCACCACCGCCCCAUGCCACCACCACCCCCAUGCUGCCACCACCCCCAUGCCACCACCACCCCCAUGCUGCCACCACCCCCAUGCCACCACCACCCCCAUGCCGCCGCCGCCCCGAUGCCACCAUGCCACCACCACACCCAUGCCACGACCGCCCCCAUGCCGCCGCCGCCCCCAUGCCGCCGCCACCCCAUGCCACCGCCGCCCCAUGCCGCCGCCGCCCCCAUGCUGCCGCCGCCCCAUGCCACCACCACCCCCAUGCUGCCACCACCCCCAUGCCACCACCACCCCAUGCCGCCGCCGCCCCGAUGCCACCAUGCCACCACCACCCCCAUGCCACCACCGCCCCAUGCCGCCGCCGCCCCGAUGCCACCAUGCCACCACCACCCCCAUGCCACCACCGCCCCAUGCCGCCGCCGCCCCGAUGCCACCAUGCCACCACCACCCCCAUGCCACCACCGCCCCAUGCCACCACCACCCCCAUGCUGCCACCACCCCCAUGCCACCACCACCCCCAUGCUGCCACCACCCCCAUGCCACCACCACCCCCAUGCCGCCGCCGCCCCGAUGCCACCAUGCCACCACCACCCCCAUGCCACGACCGCCCCCAUGCCACCGCCGCCCCCAUGCCUCCGCCGCCCCAUGCCACCGCCGCCCCAUGCCGCCGCCGCCCCCAUGCUGCCGCCGCCCCCCAUGCCACCACCACCCCAUGCCGCCGCCGCCCCCAUGCCUCCGCCGCCCCAUGCCACCGCCGCCCCAUGCCGCCGCCGCCCCCAUGCUGCCGCCGCCCCAUGCCGCCGCCGCCCCCAUGCCACCAUGUCAACACCACCCCCAUGCCACCACCGCCCCCAUGCCGCCGCCGCCCCCAUGCCACCAUGCCACCACCACCCCCAUGCCACCACCGCCCCAUGCCGCCGCCGCCCCGAUGCCACCAUGCCACCACCACCCCCAUGCCACCACCGCCCCAUGCCACCACCACCCCCAUGCUGCCACCACCCCCAUGCCACCACCACCCCCAUGCCACCACCGCCCCAUGCCACCGCCGCCCCGAUGCCACCAUGCCACCACCACCCCCAUGCCACCACCGCCCCAUGCCGCCGCCGCCCCGAUGCCACCAUGCCACCACCACCCCCAUGCCACGACCGCCCCCAUGCCACCGCCGCCCCCAUGCCUCCGCCGCCCCAUGCCACCGCCGCCCCAUGCCGCCGCCGCCCCCAUGCUGCCGCCGCCCCCAUGCCACCACCACCCCAUGCCGCCGCCGCCCCCAUGCCUCCGCCGCCCCAUGCCACCGCCGCCCCAUGCCGCCGCCGCCCCCAUGCUGCCGCCGCCCCAUGCCGCCGCCGCCCCCAUGCCACCAUGUCAACACCACCCCCAUGCCACCACCGCCCCCAUGCCGCCGCCGCCCCCCAUGCCACCAUGCCACCACCACCCCCAUGCCACCACCGCCCCAUGCCACCGCCGCCCCGAUGCCACCAUGCCACCACCACCCCCAUGCCACCACCGCCCCAUGCCGCCGCCGCCCCGAUGCCACCAUGCCACCACCACCCCCAUGCCACCACCGCCCCAUGCCACCACCACCCCCAUGCUGCCACCACCCCCAUGCCACCACCACCCCCAUGCUGCCACCACCCCCAUGCCACCACCACCCCCAUGCCGCCGCCGCCCCGAUGCCACCAUGCCACCACCACCCCCAUGCCACGACCGCCCCCAUGCCACCGCCGCCCCCAUGCCUCCGCCGCCCCAUGCCACCGCCGCCCCAUGCCGCCGCCGCCCCCAUGCUGCCGCCGCCCCAUGCCGCCGCCGCCCCCAUGCUGCCACCACCCCCAUGCCACCACCACCCCAUGCCGCCGCCGCCCCCAUGCCUCCGCCGCCCCAUGCCACCGCCGCCCCAUGCCGCCGCCGCCCCCAUGCUGCCGCCGCCCCAUGCCGCCGCCGCCCCCAUGCUGCCACCACCCCCAUGCCACCGCCGCCCCAUGCCGCCGCCGCCCCCAUGCUGCCGCCGCCCCAUGCCGCCGCCGCCCCCAUGCUGCCACCACCCCCAUGCCACCACCGCCCCAUGCCGCCGCCGCCCCGAUGCCACCAUGUCAACACCACCCCCAUGCCACCACCGCCCCCAUGCCGCCGCCGCCCCCAUGCCACCGCCGCCCCCAUGCCGCCGCCGCCCCAUGCCACCGCCGCCCCAUGCCGCCGCCGCACCCAUGCCGCUGCCGCCACCAUGCCGCCGCCGCCCCAUGCUGCUCUAUGCUCAAACUGA